UAUAUAUAUAUAUAUAUCUAAAAAAAUAACGCAAACGCUCUCCCUUUAAGAAACGUCACAUGACUGUCACGUGGUACGGAAGUAGACCUGGAUAGUGUCACGGCGUGGCCGUGUUUACAAACUGCUGGUUUACACGGUGCUUGCGGCACCGUUCCGUAAACAAAUAGUGGAAUGAUUUAAAUAAAGUCAUGAUACAUUUACAGUUUAAUUUGAAGAGGGUCAGAUAAGCCGCACAGACCUUUGUUUUUAGGGAAUGACGGAGUCACCAGUAAAGGUGAUAAUGAAGGGCGAUGAGCCUGUAAAUGUUCCUGCAUACUUCAUCUCAAAACAUGAAGGCUUCGUUGGAAGCAUCAAAACCUUCAUCGAGGACUUUGUUGUCACCGAGAUCGACAUUAAUGGACAGAAGGUCAAAACAGCACAAGCCGUGCAGACAGCUGGCUGCACCUCCUCAGAGGAAAACCAGACAAACACAGAGUUAAAGGAGAAUCUUUACUGUUCAGGCUCGCAAGAUGCUGAUGUUUCAUCAGACUGGGGGUCUGGUUCAGACACCCCACUUCCUGCCUUGGGAAGCUUUGAUUUAGAUGUUAUUUUAGGCCCAUCUGUGAGUGAAGACCUGGAGCAGUUUGUGAUGACCCUAAGAGAAAAACGGCCAUCCGGUCCGGAGCUCUCCCUGGGCUCCUUCUCCGACAAACACCAGAGAGCCAACGUCCACCGAGCUGUCCGGCACCGCUUCCCCUUCCUCUUGACCGUCACCAUCCAGCCCGAGAUCAGGGUGAGGGAAGACCCCGACUACAGGGAGCUGGCCCGACUGGUCAGAGAAGAGGAGGCAGAGGACUUCUUCAGGUUCAUCGACGCCAAGGUGCGAGGGUCGUCCUACACUUUUGGUCCGGACGACAGCAAGGAGCACAGGACUGCAGUGCACCACUUUCUGAACAGAAGGUUCGGGAAGCUGGUGGAGACAAAAAGCUUCAGCAGCCAAGGGAGGACGUCGAUCUCAGUGAGACUGAGAGAGCACGGCAAGCCGAAGAAGAGGACAGCGGAAGAACGCAAGGAAGAAGAUAUUUAUAGUGCUUUCACCCUACGUAAGGAGAACCUGGAGACACUGGAAGCCAUCAGCUACAUGGCAGCUACUCUCGGGGUCCUGCCGUCAGACUUCACCUACGCCGGCAUCAAAGACAAAAGAGCCGUCACCUACCAGUCCAUGGUGGUCAAGAAGGUCUCGCCACAACGGUUGAAAGAGAAAGCAGCAGAAUUUGAGAAGAGAGGGAUGCGUCUCUCUCAGAUCCGCUCGGUCAACGAGCCCCUGAAGCUGGGACGGCUGCGGGGGAAUCACUUUGACCUGGUGGUCCGCAACCUCAGACCACACGGAGCCUCCGACGAAAGCCUCUCUGGUGCCGACGGGGACACUCGCCUGGCGGCUCUCGUGAAGGAAGCUGUGGAGAACGUAAAGAGGAGAGGUUUUGUCAACUACUAUGGGCCACAGCGGUUUGGGAGCGGACAAAGUGUUUUGUCAGAUCGAGUAGGAUUGGCUCUGCUGAAAGAGGACAUGGUCAAUGCUGUACGUCUGUUCUUCUCUCCGGAGGACAGUGAUGAUCCUCACAGCCUCGCGAAGAGACACUUCCUUCAAACAGACAACCCUAAGGAAUCGUUGGCACUCAUGCCGCUGUCCAAGCCCAGGGAGAGGCUGAUGCUCCGCGCCCUGAAUCGCUACGGUACCGGCCCAGAUGGUUGUGUCCAGGCGUGGCUCAGCCUGCCCCACAGCAUAAGGGUGUUCUAUCCUCACGCCUACUGUAGCAGGGUUUGGAACGACGCGGCGGCACACAGGCUCUCCGCUAUGGGUCUUGGUGUCCGACAAGGAGACCUGGUGUGGACGCAAACGGGACAAAACCGAACCGAGGACGCUGGAGAGAUCAUUUCUCCCCAAAUCCAUGUGGUGACGCGUGACGAGGAGCAAGCAGGAGUUUACGCAUUAGAACAAGUGUUAUUGCCAAUGCCAGGAAACUCCGUAAAAUAUCCAGAAAACGCAAUGAGAGCCUGGUACCAGGAGAGACUGGCAGGGGACGGGCUGGCUGAAAGCCGCUUCAGAGUCAGCAGCCUCAAACUGAACCUUCCGGGCUGCUACCGCCCCCUGCUGGCCGUCCCGCACAACCUCAGCUACCAGCUGCACAGAGCCGCCUGCGGCCAUGGCGCAAAGAAGCAGGAAUCGGACCCGGAGUCUCUCGCACUCAGCUUGAACUUUGACCUAGACUCCUCCUGUUACGCCACCAUCUGCCUCCGAGAGAUCAUGAAGUGCGAGACUUGAUGGCAAAAUACAAAAAAACUGUUGUAUUUUAUUUCUGCUGUUUAUCGUCAGUGAUGUUGUGUUGAUGAACAUGAGCAUGAGCUGCAAACCUAACAAAUCAUAAGUUUGAUAGUUUACUUUGAAGAGACGAGGCCGACAAACGCGACUAUGUAAAAAAUGUUCAAAUUUGUCCUUUGUGCUGUUAUUAAAAUUAAAUCCGUUCAUAAGUUGUUUUUUUUUAAUUCUGUAUACAUUUAUUUGUGAAAUUACAAGUGUUUUCUAGCGUUGACAUGAAGUAACUUGUACAACAGCGUUUUAAUGCCCACAGUAAAAUAUGAAUUUGUUAUGAAAAGUAUAAUCUGCAUAACUGUACUGUUAGCUCUCUAGUAAAUACUGCGCAGCAAAUGGCAAAAAAGACAUUUUUCAUUUAUCACCAACUUAGUUUUGGAAAAACACUGAGUUCUUUUCCUUUGUUUCGAGUACAAUUGUCAAACCCAGGAAAUAAAUUCCUUAAAGUCUUUUGUCAA